GCCAUAUCUUAUUUUGCUUGUUAUAUACAUUGCGAAUUAAUAACAAAGAAAAUGGAAGGAAUCAAGAACCCAUCAGGUACUUCUCUUUUGGUACCAUCAGUUCAAGAGUUAUCUAAAGAUGGAAAUAUUUCAACCGUUCCACCAAGAUACAUUCAGCCUAAUCAUCAAGACUUGAUUCUCUCUGAAGUUGAUACUAACCUUCAAAUUCCAGUUAUUGAUAUGUAUAAGUUGCAUUCAGAAGAACUUGGGAGUUCAGAAUUGGUUAAGCUUCACCUUGCUUGCAAAGAUUGGGGUUUCUUUCAGUUGGUAAAUCAUGGUGUUAGUUCAAAUUUGAUUGAGAAAAUAAAGUUGGAGAUACAAGAUUUCUUCAACCUUCCAAUGUCAGAGAAGAAAAAGUUUUGGCAAACUCCCCAACAUAUGGAGGGAUUUGGACAAGCAUUUGUUAUGAGUGAGGAACAGAAACUUGAUUGGGCAGAUAUGUUUUAUAUGACAACCCUUCCUAAACACUCUAGAAUGCCUCAUUUAUUUCCACAACUUCCUCAUCCUUUAAGAGACACACUCGAGUUAUACUCGCAAGAAAUGAAAAAUAAAGCUAUGGUUAUUGUUGGUCAUAUUGAAAAAGCAUUAAAGAUUAAGGAAAAUGAAAUAAGAGAGUUAUUUGAAGAUGGGAUACAAAUGAUGAGGAUGAACUAUUACCCUCCUUGUCCUCAACCAGAAAAGGUUAUUGGCCUCACAAAUCAUUCGGAUCCUCAAGGUGUUACUCUCCUCCUACAACUCAAUGAAGUAGAAGGUCUCCAAAUAAGGAAAGAUGGUAUGUGGGUUCCUGUUAAGCCCCUGCCCAAUGCCUUCAUUGUCAACAUUGGGGACGUGCUAGAGAUAUUAACAAAUGGAAUAUAUCGAAGUAUUGAACACCGAGCAAUAGUGGACACUAAAAAGGAAAGGCUUUCAAUUGCUACAUUCCACAGCUUGAAUCAAGAUGGUAUUGUAGGUCCUUUGGAGAGCUUAAUCACUGAAGAAACACCACCUCGGUUCAAAAAAGUUGGAGUAGAUGAAUACUUUAAGAACUUCUUUGCUCGUAAACUUGAAGGAAAGGCCUUCAUCGAUGACAUGAGAAUAGAGCAUGAUGAUUGAAUUUGAUAAAUUAUAGGGAAUUAACAGAAAUAUACACAAAUUGGAAAGUUUGUGUUAUCAUAUAUGGCUUUCAUUAGUGCAUGAUAUUAUAAAAUAAGAGAGUUUUGUCACUAUAAUAGUAUAGGCUACCAUAAGAAUAAAGAUGAAUUACUCUCAUCCUAAUUUAUGUUUGAUGCAUUUGCAUUUAAUUAUAUAAUAAUCCUAUGUUCCUAAAUACAUUGUUUUGAA